AUGGACAGAUGUCAAGUUUAUGAAAAUUUCCUUUACGUUGCAGCGCUAGCCGCUGCUUGUUGUGUUUUAGUUCCUGUGAAACUCAACGAAUCUGACACAAACGGUAAUUGUUUGCUUUUCGCGGAGCUCAAUGUCCUCACGAACACAGUCGCCACGGGCAACAACAUUUUCUGUUCUUUGGCGUUUUACGCGUAUCUCGUGAAUGCUGCGUUAGCUGCUGUGUUAGGGUUUCUUAAGUCUUGCUGUAUUGUGACCACGGAACGUUUAAGGUAAAAGAAAGUGUUAAUUAUUUGACGAGUAUUGCACACAAAUAAUUGUUUUUGCCAUAAAAAAAUUGAUGACAACAUUUGAUCUCCGAACUCUUAAUAAUACAUGCACCUACACAUACAUAGUAUACGAAUUUAAUUCCUUCAUUUUGAUUUACAAAUACCUCAGCAAUUUUUAAGACUCUCUCAUAACUCUUUUUAUACGUUGGACGUGGUUUUUGUUGUUUUCUUUCUUGUCGCAUGAUGACUACUUAUUCUUUUGUUGUAUUUGUUUUUGGCAGGUGAGUAGAGGGCAGGGGAGGUUAUUGUGAUUAAAAUCUACCCAUUCAAUGACUAAAAAGAAUAACAACAAGAAGCAGGAGCUAAAAUUAGUCAUUUUCUCAUUUGACUCUCCCCAACCCACGGGACCGCGAAACAAUUCCCUACCCCUGGGCCUGAAGGGCUGGGUUUGCCCUGGGGGAUACCUCGGAAGGGGAAGGGACCAAGUCUUUUGACCCAGGUGAGAAUUUACAAAAAUACACUUCAUUUCUAAUUCUACUCAACCAUCAACCUAAACCAAAACAGUUAAAUAGAAAGUAAAGUAAAAUACAUUCACGCUAACAGCAGUUCUGCACAUCAGCUGAAAUCAAGUAAAAUGACUUUAGAUUGGAUCUAACAUUAAGUUUUUUUUUUUUGUUAUAGUGCUGUAUAUUUCUUAUUUGCAAGCAGUAUUGUGUCAGCUUUAGUAUGGAUCAGCUGUUUGGUGUGCACUAUUUUCAUUGUAAUUGGCCUAACAGAGUGGUGCAACUCAGUGGAAAACAAUGGAAAUGUGGAAAGGUAUGUAUAAGGAAUCACAGAUUGUUAGUGGCUCCAACAAAAAUGCAUAUGAUAACUUUCCAAAGCAACCUCCACCCCCGGGUCUUUCAUUCAGAGCCUAAUCUGCAUUAUAGUCUGAAGCAUAGUCUGUCACUGUGCCACUUUCUUUUUCAGUUUUAACACAAUUCCAUCUCAAGAGACAGAAUUGAGGUGUAGAAUCCACAAAAGUUGCAGCUCACAAGAGUAUUAAACCAAAGGCGGGAGCUGGGAGAUUGGAGAAAUCUCCCUGUCAGUGUCCUCACAUUCCAACUCCCUUGCUAAAUCAGGUUAUUCAUAGAGCUUACAGCCAUUCAACAGAUGCUGUCUCUCAAGACUGUUUAGUUGUAAAAAAUACGUACAUAUUCUCGUUGUUGUUGUUUUUUCCAUUAAAAUAAUAAUUACUAUUUCAGCUGUAAAGAUGCAGAAAAGUGGGACUGGACCCUUUUUUCACCAACUGGCAUUGAUGGUAGCAAGUUUUACACUCAUCUUUUUAUGGCAGAGGUAUCUAAUUUAUAAAAUGUUGAAAUUAAAACAGAUUUAUUGUACUUUUAAAAGCUUUGUAGUUUCCACUUAACACAAAUACAAUAUUCUAUAACCCUCUCCUAGCCCUUCUGAGUUGCCAAAUGGCAAUAUAUAGGGUAGGCUCGAUUACCAGCCGCUGUUCGUGAAAAUGAGCCCGCACUCAUCCCCCGAAAGAGUCUCUCUUCGGGGAGGAUCAAAGACCGGACCCGGGAGACGGCGGAAAUUGAGCCUAUAUAUAGGGCAGAUGGCAGCAUUAUUUCCUGGAUAUCCAACCUAAGCAUGACAGAUUUUUGAGGUGAUUAUUCACUGGAGUGUUCAAAAGGUUACCUGUAUUUCUUAAAAUGUCAUUGCUUUUUUCUAACCCUGAAAUGAAAGUGACUCCCUAUUCAAGAGAGAACCAAUUAUGCAGACUCAAAGAUUUCACCAUGCUCUGUAAAUGCUUUAAUAACAGUUCAUAAAUAUUGUGAAAGUGAGCUUUUUACUGGGGUUUAUAACCUGAGAUUAAUAAGCCAACACGAGUGAAAGGAACUCUACCCAAAGAAAAAACCCUAACUGAAACAAGCCUUAACUCAAUGUAGAUUAAAAACCAUGCUUGACGUCCUGCCAGGGGGUCCCAUAUCGCCCGUCUGAAUUUUAAAACGUCUUGUAUUGGUAUUUAUAAAUGCUUGUUGCUUAUUGUCGGCUUUGCCGUCACUGUCACAAUUUGGCCGAGGGAGGUUGUCCCUUGUCACGAUUUCAUUUUAUGUGCUGUUGCUACUUUUUGGGCCAUGUCGCUUGUUGGAAUUUACCCUGGCAGGACCUCAUGCUUUAUACUGCAACACUAGCUUACAUGGAAGUCCCCCCUCAUGCCUCCCAGUGAAUAACAUUCUCUGUGAAUCAUUCUCUCUCAGAUUGCAUCAAUUGCUAGUGUAGUGAUCUGGUUCAUCAUCCUUAUCCUGUCUGGGAGGAAUUUCAAGCAGAGCUUGCUGAAUGUAAGGGCAGCAGAAUACUAUCUGAAUGAGGAGCGAAUGAGUUACAUGUAUCCACCACCUAUCCAAGACAUACCCGUGUAUGAAGUCAAAAGUGAUGGAGGAUCAAGAUUCUUAUGA